AUGGCCAAACCAAUCGUUCUAUUUUCUUUGCUCGCUCCCGCUCUCUCAGCGGUCCUGCCUCGCAGCCAAGAGAGCUCAUGGAAUGACUGGUCCUCGUCGAGCACGACGACCGUCGCGCCCACGACCACGACCACCCCCACCCCCAGCUCCGUUUGGAACGACUGGAGUUCGAGCACAACUGUCGUCUCCACGACUCCGACACCUUCUACCACUUGGGCUGACUGGAGUUCGAAAUCCAGCACUACCACCCCUGCCACGAGCAGCUCUGGCUGGAACGAUUGGAGCUCGUCUUCGUCUGCAACAACCCCCAGCACUACCUCUACCAAGGGCUGGAAUGACUGGACGAGCACUUCUUCCACCACUCUGAGCACAACCACCACCACGAGCAAGGGCUGGAAUGACUGGACGAGCUCGUCGACCACCACUCCUAGCACCACCUCUACCAAGGGCUGGAAUGACUGGACCUCGUCGUCCACCUGGACAACGUCGACUCCCAGCACGACCUCAACAUCUAGCAAGGGAUGGAACGACUGGACUUCCUCGUCUACCACCACAACCAGCCCCAGCGGAUGGAACGACUGGACCUCGUCUUCCACCACAACGAGCCCCAGCGGAUGGAACGACUGGACCUCGUCUUCGACCUGGACCACCUCAACUCCCAGCACCACUUCCACCAAGGGCUGGAAUGACUGGACGAGUACUUCUUCCACCAUUCUGAGCACAACCACCACCACGAGCAAGGGCUGGAAUGACUGGACGAGCUCGUCGACCACCACUCCUAGUACCAGCUCUACCAAAGGCUGGAACGACUGGACGUCGUCAUCCACCACGACCACCCCAGUCACAACCACAAGCAAGGGCUGGAAUGACUGGACGUCAUCAACCACGACCACGACCCCUUAUACCACUCCAGUGACGACCUCCAAGGGCUGGAACGACUGGACGUCGUCAACCACCACGACCACGACUCCUUACACCACCCCAGUCACGACCUCCAAGGGCUGGAAUGACUGGACUUCGUCUUCUGUCGCGCCGAUCUAUUCUUCUUCCUCCCAGGCUUGGGGUGACUGGUCCAGCGCUCCCGCGCCUCAACAUUCUCAAUCUGCCGGAUGGAAUGAUUGGCACUCGACUACCACCACGACCACGAGCACUUGCACUCCCUCCACCGUGUACGUCACGCUUCCCGCCUCGACGGUCUAUGUUACCGAGACCGCCACCGUGACCGAUACGACCACCGCCACCGUGACCAGCUGCUCGGCUACCACCACCACCUCGGGUUGGUCUGACUGGCAGAGCAAGAGCUACGGCUCGGCCCCCAGCCACAGCUCGGGAUGGAAGAAUUAG